AUGAGGAGGAAAGGAGGGAAAAGGAGAGAAAAAAAGAAAUGCAUUGAAGAAGCUCGAAAACAACAGACACGACCUAUGGAAAGAAAGCACGCCAACAAUGACAAAGAAGCUCAUCCAGAAGCUCAUGAUAAUAAGGAGCGACAGAAGAAUUUGGCUGAAGCGGUGAAAAUCCCAGUAAAAGUUGAUGAAAUGACAGGCCUUGGAGGAAAGGCCACUAACAGUCACAAUGAAAUGGUUGUGAUAACCGAUGAGAGGCCUGCAAUUUUUGGAUCUCAUUGUCAGGAAAAUAUCCCAAACAGUAUUGAGGAGUCAUACCAGCAGUUCUCAGCUCUCAAGAGAUCUCAGUCAAUGCUUGAUCUGCAGGAUGUGACAGACUCAACUGCCAUGGUCACUCCCAGGGACAAGCGCAUGAAGAAUUAG